CGAAGGGGCUCCGCGAUGGUGCGGAGGCGGGCGCCGGCGUGGGGGUGCUGGUGGUGGGCGCUGUGCGGAGGCCUCUGGGCCGGGGCGUGGGGCUCCGAGGACAUCGUGGUGGGCUGCGGGGGCUUCGUGAGGUCCGACGUCGAGAUCAACUACUCCCUGAUCGAGGUUAAAUUGUACACCAAGCAUGGAACUCUGAAAUACCAAACUGACUGCGCUCCAAAUAAUGGUUACUUUAUGAUUCCUCUGUAUGAUAAGGGGGAUUUUGUCCUUAAAAUUGAGCCUCCCCUAGGGUGGAGCUUUGAGCCAACCAGUGUGGACAUCCAUGUUGAUGGUGUCAACGACAUUUGCACUAAAGGAGGCGAUAUCAAUUUUGUUUUUACUGGCUUCUCAGUAAAUGGGAAGGUUCUUAGCAAAGGUCAGUCUCUGGGUCCUGCAGGCGUUCUCGUUGUACUCAGAAGUCCUGGCUCAGGAGUGACCUUACAGACCACAAUCACUCAACCUGGAGGAAAGUACACCUUUUUAAAAGUGCUUCCCGGGGAAUAUGAAAUCUUUGCUUCUCAUCCCACCUGGACUCUGAAAGAGGCCACCACUACGGUGCGAGUCACCAGCUCCAAUGCAUACACUUCCAGUCCUCUGAUCGUAGCCGGUUACAAUGUGUCUGGAUCUGUCCGAAGUGAUGGAGAGCCAAUGAAAGGGGUUAUGUUUCUCCUGUUUUCCUCUUCAGUGGCAAAGGAGGACAUCAUGGGUUGCAAUGCUUCUCCAGUUGAUGGUUUUCCUGCACGGGAAGAUUCUCUUAACUAUCUUUGCAAUGUCAUUUCCAAAGAGGAUGGUACAUUUACCUUCCAGUCUCUGCCAAGUGGCAAGUAUGCUGUGAUACCCUUCUAUAGGGGGGAGAGAAUUACAUUUGAUGUCGCCCCCUCCAAAUUGGAUUUUGUCGUAGAGCAUGAUAGUCUCAAAAUUGAGCCGGUCUUCCACGUCAUGGGCUUCUCGGUUACCGGCAGGAUUUUGAACAGCCCCGAAGGCGAAGGUGUGGCCGACGCCACCGUGAUCCUGAAUAGCCAGAUUAAAGUGACUACCAGGUCUGAUGGUUCGUUCCGCCUUGAAAACAUAACCACCGGCACAUACACCAUUCAGGCUCACAAAGAGCACCUCUUCUUUGAUACCAUGACGGUGAAGAUUGCUCCGAAUACCCCACAGCUAGCUGAUAUCAUAGCAACAGAAUUCAGCGUCUGUGGGCAGAUCUCUGUAACCCGCUUCCCUGAUUCAAUCAAGCAGAUCAACAAAUACAAAGUGACCAUGUGGCCACAGGACAAGGAUAAAGCCAUGCUGGUGACUACGGAGACAGAUGCUCGUGGUGGGUUUUGUUUCAAGGCGAAAUCAGGGUUAUACGUUCUCCAGGUCAUUGUUCCUGAGGCAGAAAUGAGAGCAGGACUUGCUUUAAAGCCCAAAGUAUUUCCCGUUUCCGUGGCUUCCAAGCCGGUUCUGGAUGUGAUCUUCUCCCAGUUCUUGGCUUCUGUUUCCGGGAAGAUCAGUUGCUUGGAUGCUUGUGGGGAAUUGGUGGUGAUGCUUCAGUCCAUCAUUCGGCCAGGAGAAAAACGCAGCCUCCAACUUGCAGCCAAGUCCAACUCCCUGGCCUUCACCUUUGAAAACGUCCUGCCGGGCAAAUAUAAAAUGAGCAUUAUCCACGAAGACUGGUGUUGGAAGAAUAAAUCUUUGGAGCUAGAAGUUGUGGAAGAGGAUGUAUCGGGAAUCGAGUUCCGCCAGACUGGGUACAUGCUGCGAUGUUCUCUUUCCCAUGCGAUUACCUUGGAAUUCUAUCAGGAUGGAAAUGGACCGGAAAAUGUUGGCGUUUACAACCUGUCCAAAGGGGUGAACAGAUUCUGCCUCUCCAAGCCAGGUGUGUAUGAAGUAACACCCCGCUCCUGUCACCGAUUUGAACAUGAAUAUUACACUUACGACACGUCUGCUCCAAGUAUCUUGACCUUGACUGCAGUUCGUCACCAUGUGCUUGGAACAAUUACCACUGACAAAUUGAUGGAUGUGAUGGUUACCAUUAGGUCUUCAAUCGACAGUGAACCUGAUUUGGUGCUUGGCCCGCUGAAAUCCCAGCAAGAGCUGCGGCAGGAGCAGCAGCGGGCUGAGAUAGAGACCCGCCGGCAGGAGAGAGAGAAGAAAGGUCCAGGUGAAGAAGAAGGAUCCAAGCCACCAGUGCAGGAGGUGGUAGAGGAGCUUUUAGGGCCAUUCCACUAUGAGUUUUCCUACUGGGCAAGGUCUGGGGAGAAAAUCACCGUGACACCAUCAUCUAAAGAACUACUCUUCUACCCACCUUCCAUAGAAACUGUUGUCAGUGGUGAAAGCUGCCCUGGGAAACUGAUAGAGAUAUACGGCAAAGCAGGUCUCUUCCUGGAAGGACAGAUUCAUCCCGAGUUGGAGGGGGUUGAGAUCAUAAUUUCUGAAAAAGGGGCACCCUCCCCCCUGAUUACAGUUUUCACAGAUGAUAAAGGUUCCUACAGUGUGGGGCCUCUUCACAGCGAUCUGGAAUAUACCGUAACUGCUCAGAAAGAAGGGUUUAUUUUGAGUGCUGUGGAGGAGACCAUUGGAGAUUUCAAAGCUUUUGCUCUUGCCGGUGUCACUUUUGAGAUUAAAUCUGAAGAAGGUCAUCCCCUUGCUGGAGUGCUCCUUUCUCUGAGUGGUGGCAUGUUUCGCUCCAACCUUCUGACUCAAGACAAUGGGAUGUUGACGUUCGCCAACCUGAGUCCUGGGCAGUACUACUUUAAACCAAUGAUGAAAGAAUUUCGCUUUGAACCCUCAUCUCAGAUGAUCGAAGUGCAGGAGGGCCAGAAUCUUAAAAUCACCAUUGUUGGUUACCGUACGGCGUACAGCUGUUAUGGAACUGUUUCUUCUCUGAACGGGGAACCUGAACAGGGUGUUUCAGUGGAAGCUGUAGGGCAGGGAGAGUGCGGCAUUUAUGGAGAAGACACCGUCACAGAUGAAGAGGGGAGAUUCCGGCUACGGGGACUGCUGCCAUCCUGUCUGUAUCACAUCCAACUGAAAGCUGAAGGCAACGAUCACAUUGAAAGAGCGCUUCCGCGGUAUUCUGCUAUCCAGGUUGGCAGCGAUGACAUUGACAACGUGAAUAUCAUUGCUUUCCGCCAAAUCAACCAAUUUGAUCUAAGUGGAAAUGUGAUCACCCCCUCGGAGUACCUCCCCACCUUAUGGGUGAAACUCUACAAAAGUGAAAACCUUGACAACCCAGUUCACACUGUCUCACUAGGCCAGUCUUUAUUCUUUCAUUUCCCCCCUCUGCUCCGGGAUGAAGAGAAUUACAUGGUGCUUCUAGACUCCACGCUGUCGAAGUCCCAGUAUGACUACACCGUACCUCAAGUUUCAUUCACCACCGUUGGAUACCAUAAGCACAUCACCUUGGUUUUUAAUCCCACGAGAAAACUGCCAGAGCAAGAUAUUGCUCAAGGAUCCUACAUUGCUCUUCCAUUGACUCUGCUGCUUUUGUUAGCUGGCUACAAUCACGAUAAGUUGAUUCCCUUGCUGCUUCAGUUAACCAGCCGUCUCCAAGGGGUCUGCGCCCUUGGACAGGCAGGUGCCGAUACAGGGGGCCUCGAGGAUGUCAAGAGGCAAGCCAAGAAACAGAAGACGAGGCGGACAUGAGACUGGAUCUCCCAUUGAUUCAAACUUGUUGAUUUUACUUUCUUCUCCUUCUCCCCCUCUUUUUGCCUGGCUGCUAAAGUGAGACUCUCUGGGUUGCAGCAAAGAUAUUUCUUUGCACUGGACACCUUGCCUCAGACUGGUUUUAUCACGGGUAUGAUUUUUACGUGGGUUUUACGUGGCUCUUAAAAGAGCCUCCAUCCUAAAAGACGGUGUUGGGAUCAUAAAUUAUUACCAGGUUUGGAAGAAUGACGACCAAUUAAAUUUGUUUUCACCUCCAA